AUGUCAGUUGGAGGUCGACCAAAACAUUCUGUUUGGAAUAUGGGCUUUAAUCGUAUCAAAGAUCCAAUAAUAGAUAAUAAAUACAAUGCUUUAUGUAUGGUUUGCCAUAAGACAUUAAGGAACACAAGUGUUGAUAGGUUAAAAACCCACAGAAACAUUUGUUUGUUUACAUCUAUACCUAUACCACCAAAGUCAAGUUCACCACAGUCCAUUAGUAAUUUGAUGGUUAGUAACAAUGCAAGUAAGAGGAAAAGAAUUUUUAUUAAUACUUCUGAUUCAAGUGAUAGUGAACAAAUAGAUACACGGGAUACACCAAAUGAAAAUAAACUGAAAGAAACACCAUUGACCAUAUCCCAAAUAGGUUCUAUCCUGUCAGCACAAAAUGAUACACUUACAUUUGUUCCAACUACAUGUAGUACACCAAAUAAGGCAAAUAUUAAUGAUAAUCCUAAAUAUUCUGAUGAUUACGAUAUUGAUAACACUAUUGAAGUAUCAACAGAUUCAACACCAACAACCUCAAAAAAAUCCAUUGAAUUCAACUUCAAAGAAAAAAAGAAAAAAGAUAAAACAAUGCUACAGGGCCCUGUUAGAUCUUUUUGUGAUAAAAUUACACCAUCUGAAAUAGAUAAAUGUAAUUUAGCUCUAGCAAAACUAUUCUUCGGCUGUAACAUUCCAUUUUCGGUUAUUGAAUCGUUACAUUUUAAAAAUUUUUGCCAAAGUCUUAGACCAGCCUAUAAAGUUCCAACACGAAAAGUUUUAUCUGGAAGACUUUUGGAUGAUGUUUUUAUGAAAUUUUGUCAAUCUAAUAGUUUCAAAAAAAAUUCAGCACUUUUAAUAGAUGGUUGGAAAAAUGAAAGUGCAAAUACCAAAAAUGUUGCCUGCAUGCUUCAUUCAUCAUCUGGUGAAGCAAUGUUUUUAGAAUCUUUUGAUAUGACUGGUGUUAGAGAGACUAGUACUGAACUAUGUAAAAUAGUUGAAUCAUGUAUUGAUUUGGCUAAAAAAAAACAUAAUACUGACAUAUAUGCUGUGAUAACGGAUAAUGCCGCAAAUAUGGUUAAGAUGGGACGAUUAUCAACACUGUGGCAUUUGACAUGUAAUGCACAUACAGCAAACCUAUUGGCAAAAGACCUUGUACCUAGUGAUAUUACUGCUAAAGUUAAACAAAUACUAAAAGCUUUUCAUGGACCCGAUCUUGAAAAAGAGUUAUUGUUCCGUGGAGGUUAUCGUAUUCAAUUGCCUUGUGAAACUCGUUGGUGUUCAUACAGAGAUUCAUUUGUUAAUUUAAAGAAAAAUAUGCCUAUGAUGAAACAAAUAAUAUUUGAUGGACAAUUUUCUAUAAGCACCAAUGUUAACACACUAUUAAUUAAUGAUGAUUUUCUUAAUAGUGUAUCAGACUACAUCAAUCUUUUUGAUCCAAUAUGUGUACUAAUAAAUAAAUGUCAGUCUUCAAAAUCAAACAUUGCAGAUGCGGCAGAAGAAUGGUUAUCGUUAGAACUUUCCCAGUCAAAUAAUAAUUUUGCAGCAAAUUUAGAAAAUAGAAGGUCUUCUGCUCUUACUGAAUAUGCUCUCGCUGCUAAUUUUCUACACCCAACAUAUAAUGGUUUACGAUUCAGAAAAGAUAACAAACAUGAUGAUAUGGAUGUAGCAGAAAGUUUUUUUUUAUCAGUUUUAGAUGUAGAUGGUCUCAAUAGUCUUCAUGAUUAUAAAACAAAACAAGGAAUAUUUAGUACGCUUUUUGAAAAGAAAAAUCUCAAUUAUCAGGCAUUUUGGUCUUAUGCAAAGAAUAAAAAUGUCGAACUUGCUGAACUAGCUGAAAGUCUAUUAGCAUUACCUUCAUCUACAGCUCAAUUGGAAAGAAUUUUUUCCAACUGGUCCUAUGUUCAUAGCUCAUUGAGAAAUCGCCUUAAUAAUGAAAGAUCCAAGAAACUUGUAAGUGUUUAUUACAACCUCAAAAUACAAGAAAAAAACCAUUCUCCGUCAGAUGAAUAUUAA